GUUUACACUUUACACACGCCAUGCAUUCAUGCCUUAUUCGAGACCUUAUCUGAGCAAAUUAGCUUUACUGAGAUGGAGGAAUAGUCCGACUUUAAGAUUGAAAUCCUUGAAGGGUCCUAAGAGUCAGACUCUGGAAACAGAUUGUGGUGAACAUAAAGGCACUAUGUUAACUCAGGGUGCUUCUGGAGUCUUCUUCACUAAGAUGAAAGAUCGUUUUUUGAACUUCAAGAAGGAUAAAUACUUGGCCAAUCUUGAACACUUUAGAGACCUUGCAAAUGCUCAAGCACCAAAGUUCAUGGUGAUUGCUUGUGCAGAUUCUCGGGUUUGUCCUUCAAUAAUCCUGGGAUUUCAACCAGGAGAAGCGUUUGUAAUUCGCAACAUUGCAAAUUUGGUGCCUCCUUGCGUGAAUGGACCUUCAGAAGUAAACGCUGCUCUUGACUUCUCAGUCAACACACUUGGUGUGGAGAAUAUACUAGUGAUUGGACAUAGCUGUUGUGGGGGCAUUCAAACUUUAAUGAGCAUUGAUGAUGAGAUAGACUCCAGUAGCUUUCUUCAUAAUUGGGUCAUUGUUGGAAAAACAGCAAGAUCUCACACCAAAUCCAUUGCCUCCAAACUUAGUUUCGACCAUCAGUGCAGGCACUGUGAGAAGGAAUCACUCGACCUCUCACUACAGAACUUGCUGACAUACCCAUGGAUAAAGAAGAAGGUGAUGACUGGGGAGCUUUUAGUCCAUGGGGGAUACUAUGACUUUGUUGAUUGUACAUUCGAAAAAUGGACUUUAAAGCUUAACAAGAACAGCUCUAGUUUGGACAACCAUUACUGUGUUCAAAACCGGGAAUUCUGGAGUUGACUUCGCUCCCAAUUCCUCUUUUUUCGUGCGCUAUAUUAAGGGACUGUCGGACCGCCGCCUGCCGCCGGCCGCCGCCGGAAAAAUUCCAGAUUUUUUUCUGGAGGUUUGCCAACAUUCUGCCGCCACCUGCCGCCGCCGCCGGAAACCGCCUCUUCCGCUGCCGCCACCUCCGGACUGCCCCGCUACCAACGAACUGCCUUGGUUGUGCAAGAGAACUGGGGGGGGGAUUAAUUGCCGGAGUUGCCGCCGCCGCCGGAAUCCGCUGCCGGCCGCUGUCGGAGUGCUGCCGCCACCACGGACUGCCCCGCCACCGACGGACUGCCUUGGUUGUGCAAGGAAACUAGGGGGGAGGAAUUAUUUAGAUCAAUGAAUUAAUUAAAUAGAAUUAGGGGUAAAAAAGGUAAAGUUAGACCUAUUUAGAGAAAAACAUGCAUGUGGUCCUAUUUUGAGAAAAAGGUUGAGUUUUAGUCCUAUGUUGGACAAUUUUCUCCACAGACAAUGGGAUGUACUGAUGUGUAUAAGAAGGUGUACACCAAGAAUUUUCCUUGUGGAGAUAGGCAAAGAAGUAACAGAGAGAUAAUUAUCAAUAUUGCGUACAUUAGAUUUAUCUAAAUCUAAAAGGAGUUUUUGCGUACAUAAAUGUACUAUGAAAAUGAGUACUUCUUUAUGUACAGCCGGGGCAUGUACGCCCCGCCCACAAUUUCAUACAUUUAAUUAUCUAUGUAUAGACUGUAAGACUCUGUAGAAAAAUGUUUACAAACAAAUACAAAUAGAUUUUUUCGAUGAAAAUAGUCUUCCUAGCUCUGCCCUAAUUUAAAGUUAGAUUUAAACUAGAUCUAUGCAUUUUACUUUCUAUUUUUAAACGGAGAUUAUUCUGAAUUUAGAGAGAAAAGAAAUUAAAAAAAAAAUAUAUAUUCAGAAAUUGAGAAAAAAAAUAUUUUGCAGUAAUCUAAAAUAAAAAAUGCUAUAUUUAGAGUGCUUAAAAAAUUAUUCGAAUUCCUUCAAACUAAAUUAUUUAUACGUUUCUAUAUUUAGAGCGAGUAUAUGAUACCUCUUUUUAGUCCUUGAAAUAGAAUCCACAAUUAAUGAAUUAAAUAGAGACUAAAAAGACAGUAAUGUUUAUUGAAUGAAUGAAAAACAAUAUUUACAGGGAUGCAAAUUCAAUCGUGUUAUACUUACAAGUAUUAAAAACAUACUCCGUAGUAUUUAUGCAAAACUCAUGUCGAUGUGUUUCAUCCUUGAAAUUAAUAUAGACCAAAGCUCCCAGACAAACUAAUCAAUUAUUAAAUGCUAAAAAUUAAAUAUAAUUACUAAAUACAAAAUGACAGAAACCCAGAAACCACUAUCCAAAAUACAAUGAAAGGAAAUUGGCACAAAUAGAAGCAUUGCUUGUGAAGUUCAUAAUCUGUACACCAUCCAAAUUGAAAGUCAUGUGCACUAGAAAGAAAACAUACACAAACUAAUUUGCUGCAAGCAUGAGACACACUAUCCUCACUUCCCAUUAAGCCUUUCUAUGACAGUGAUAAGUCCUUGAAUUCCAAGCUUUCCAUCCCCAUUAGCCACCAUUCCUGAAAAAAGUUGUUUUCCUAAUGCAGCACCAGGCAAGACCACCACCAUUUCCUCCUCCCCAACAUCCACACCCAUUCCCAUGUCCUUCACCAUGUACUCUGCAAAACCACCAGCCCUAUAGUCCUUCUCAAUCAUCCUCUUCCCAAGUAACUCCAUGACCAUCGACCCGGCCGCUCCACCCCUAAUCGCCUCCAAGAACUCACCUUUAUCCAGCCCCGCCUUCUCUGCAAAAACCAAACCUUCACUCAACCCUAAUAGGUUUGCUCCCACACUGAUCUGAUUCGCAAUUUUACAACUCUGUCCCUUUCCUGGACCACCCAUGUAAGUCGCCUUCCCCAUGACAUCAAACAAUGGCUUCAACCAUUUCACCACAUCUUCAUUUCCAGCGGCAAAAAUGGACAGUUUCCCUUCUUUUGCUCCUAUAUCUCCUCCCGAAACCGGAGCAUCAACUGCCCAGCAUUCCUUCUCAGCCGCGCAGUCGGAGAUCCUCCUGGCAAGCGCCGGAUGACUGCUGGUGUGGUCCACGAUGACGGUGUUCGGAUUUAGGGAGGAGAGAACAGAGUCUGGUCCCUCUAAGACAAUUUGUCGAACAUCUGAUGGGUGUCCCAGGACGGUAAACACGACAUCACUGUGUCUAGCGACGUCUGCGGGAGAUUCUGCUAAACAUGCGCCUUGGGAUUGAAGAGUGGCCGCCUUUGAGGACGUCCGUGCGUAGAGAGUGACGGUGUAGCCGGCGGAUAAAAGGCGGGACGCCAUUGCUCCGCCCAUCACGCCAAUGCCUAUCCAUCCUAUGCGGGUUUGAGGCGGAGAUAUGGGUUCUGGGUACAUGAAUAUUGCUUGUAAUGGAUUCGGAUUCUGGAUAUAAGGUUGAGGUCAGAUUUCAUUCAUGUACCCGGAAAUCAUAUCUUUUGAGCUCAGAUCCUCGAUAGAAUGACGGAAGAGAACCAUUUCAUUCAAGAACCAUUUCAUUUUUUUUAAUCCAAAA